GGCUUGUCCUGGACGGUCCAGUGGAUGCCGUAUGGAUAGAAAACCUAAACUCGGUGCUUGACGACAACAAAACCUUAACCCUAGCCAACGGAGACCGCAUCGUAAUGGCGCCCAGCUGCAAGCUGGUAUUCGAACCCGAUAACGUGGAUAACGCAAGUCCCGCCACUGUAUCCAGAAUGGGUAUGGUGUUUAUGAGCGCGUCUGUUCUACCAUGGGCGCCCAUACUGGAAGCAUGGUUGAAAACCCGAGCCACGAACGAAGAAGCUGUUUUGAGAGUCUUGUUCAACAAGAUUUACGGGGAUUUAAAUGAGCUUGUGGUCACGAAGCUAAAGUCUAAGAUGUUUGUGAGGGAGGCUUGGUAUAUAAGGCAGUGUUAUGAUGUAUUGGGGGGCAUAUUGGAUAUAUCUGAUGAACCUAAAUUCUGGACGGAAAAACAGUUAGAACGCCUGUUUCUAUUCUCGUGCAUGUGGUCUUUAGGCGCUCUGCUAGAACUGGACGAGAGAGCCAAACUGGAACAGUUCGCUCUAAAGCACCCCUCCAAAAUGGAUUGGCCGCGGUGUCUGGAAAACGAAACGAUUUUCGAGUACGUUGUGAACCCCGAAAGCGGUCGUUGGGAGCAUUGGAACAACAGAGUCGAACAGUUCAUUUACCCGACUGAUAGCGUUCUGGAAUUCGUCGACAUUCUAGUGCCGAAUGUGGAUAACGUUAGGACUGCGUUCUUGAUUAACAAUUCCGCGAAGCAAAACAAGGCGGUCAUGUUGAUUGGGGAGCAAGGCACGGCCAAAACCGUGAUGAUCAAAAGUUUUACUUCCGGUUUCGAUCCGGAUUUCAAGCUUAGCAAGUCUUUCAAUUUUUCUUCCGCCACCACACCAAACAUGGUGCAGAGGAUUAUCGAGUCGUAUGUUGAUAAAAGAGUGGGAACUACAUAUGGACCCCCCCAUGGCAAAACUCUGACGGUUUUUAUUGAUGAUAUUAAUAUGCCUGUUAUAAAUGCUUGGGGUGACCAGAUUACCAACGAAAUUGUCAGACAAUGUAUGGAGUGUGGAGGUUUUUAUAGUUUGGAUAAACCUGGAGACUUCUCCUAUAUGGUGGACGUAAUGUUUUUGGCUGCAAUGAUACACCCCGGAGGCGGUAGAAAUGACGUACCACACAGGUUGAAAAGACAAUUCUGCAUUUUCAACUGCACACUUCCCAGCACAAUAUCUAUGGACCUUAUAUUCAGCCAAAUAGCUUGCGGUUAUUUUUGCAUUGAACGUUUUUCGCAAGAAAUCGUUGACUUCAUAGCAAAUCUGGUGCCGCUUACCCGUAAAGUUUGGCAAGCGACUAAAAUUAAAAUGCUGCCGACUCCAGCCAAAUUCCACUACGUUUUUAAUCUCAGGGAUUUGUCUCGCAUAUGGCAGGGGAUUUUGUACGUGCAGGGUCCCGAAUGCGACACCCUAAGUAAGCUGCUCAAACUGUGGAGACACGAGUGUCUGAGAGUCAUAGCUGACAGGUUCACCAAAGAAAGAGACAAGCAAUGGUUCUGCAAGCUGAUGGCAACUCUGGCCGAAGAGGAAAUCCCCGAAUAUUACGAACAUUACGUCGAUGAAAAUACGUAUUGGGUGGAUUUCAUGAGGGAUCCACCGGAUGCGACAGGGGAUGAACCUGAUGAUUUCAGCUUCGAUGCUCCCAAAAUAUACGAAGAAAUGCCUCCUUGGGACGUUCUUAAAGAAAAACUUUUUAGUUUCAUGGAUCAAUACAAUGAACAAGUUUCGGGAACUCCCAUGGACAUGGUAUUUUUCCUAGAUGCCAUGAUUCAUUUAAUGAUCAUUUCAAGAAUCAUAAGAAGCGCGCGUGGUAAUGCUCUUUUAGUUGGAGUGGGUGGUUCAGGAAAGCAAAGUUUAACCAGACUUGCAUCCUUCAUAGCUAAUUACAAGAGUUUCCAAAUACAACUGACAAGAUCAUACAACGUAUCAAACUUAAUGGACGAUAUGAAAUACCUGUACAAAACAGCAGGUUUCGAAGGAAUAGGAAUAACCUUUAUAUUCACCGACAACGAAAUCAAAGAGGAGACCUUCUUGGAGAGUUUAAACAACAUUUUGAGUUCGGGGGAAAUCGCCAAUUUGUUUGCCAAAGACGAAAUGGACGAAAUACAAUCGGAUUUAAUACCUGUGAUGAAAAAAGUACAACCGAAACGACCACCAACUGUGGAUAAUCUGUACGAUUUCUUCAUCACGAGAGCGCGGUCAAAUCUUCACGUUACCCUAUGUUUUUCACCGGUCGGCGAAAAAUUCAGGAGCAGAGCCUUGAAAUUCCCGGGACUUAUUUCGGGAUGCACAAUCGACUGGUUCCAAAAAUGGCCGAGAGAUGCUUUGGUAGAAGUGUCCGAGCAUUUCCUAAAAUCGUACAAAAUGGUUUGUACACCGGAAAUCAAGGACGAACUUAUAAUAAUCAUGGCGGAAAUACAGGAUGGAGUGUCUAUAUUUUGCGACAGCUACUUCAACAAAUUCAGAAGAAGGAGUUAUGUUACCCCGAAAACAUUUAUAUCCUUCUUAAACACGUACAAAGUGCUGUACAGAGCCCAAAAGGAGAAAAUUGACACCUUGGCGAUACGAAUGAGCACCGGUUUGAACAAACUAGUUGAAGCGCAGGUAACCGUAGACGAAAUGCGUAAAGAGUUGGCGAUAAAAGAGCAAGAGAUGGAGGUAGCUUCGGAGGCGGCCGAAAAAGUGCUGAUCGAAGUGCAAAUAGCUUCGGAAGGCGCGACCAAAAUCAAAGAGGAGGCUCUGGUUGUCAAGGAGAGAGCGGAAACGCUCGUGGAGCUAAUCAGCAUCGACCAGGCCGAGGCGUCGGAGAAACUGAAGGCCGCCCAGCCGGCCUUGGACGCAGCUGAAGCCGCGCUUCUCACCAUCAAAGCUGCGGAUAUCGCCACGGUGAGAAAGUUGGGAAAGCCGCCGUAUCUGAUCACUUUGAUCAUGGACGCAGUGUUGAUUUACUUCAAGAAGAAGAUGGAACCCGUCAAGCCGGACUUUGAGCGCAACUUUUUGAACGCUUCGUGGGCCGAAUCCUUGAGAGUUAUGUCCGAUACAGCUUUCCUCAAAAAGUUGCAGGAAUAUCCGAAGGAUACCAUCAAUGCGGAGACCGUGGAUUUGCUAAAACCAUACUUGCAAUACUCCUUGUAUACGUACGAAGCCGCGAAAACUGCUUGCGGUAAUGUGGCUGGGUUGAUUUCUUGGACAAUUGCGAUGUCGUCUUUCUAUGAAGUCAACCGGGAAGUUUUACCACUAAAAGCCAAUCUAGCCAUCCAACAGGCAAAACUGAACAAAGCAGAAGGCGAUCUAAGCGACGCUAUGGAGUUGUUGAGAGUCAAAGAGGAAGAAGUCCGCGUAUGUCAAGAGCAAUACGAAGAGGCCAAUAGUUUUAAACAAGCCGUUUAUGAUGCGGCCAUGAAGGUGAAAAACAAGGCGGACGCUGCCACAGCUUUGAUUGAAGGUUUGGCAGGAGAAAGGGUGCGUUGGAGCGAGCAGCUGCUUCAGUUUAAAGCUGAAACUGAAAGAUUGGUUGGCGAUGUGGUUCUACUGACGGGAUUUUUGGGCUACACUGGACCUUUCAACCAGGAAUUCAGGGUCGUAAUGCAGAACACUUGGUUGGAAAAUAUAAUCGAGAAAAAAAUACCGAUUACGCUUAGCCUGAACAUUAUAGAAACGUUGGUUGAUAAUGCAACAAUUGGCGAAUGGAAUUUAUGCGGACUGCCCAAUGACGACCUAUCAGUUCAAAACGGUAUCAUCGUGACGAAGGCUUCAAGAUUUCCACUUCUCAUUGACCCGCAGAGUCAGGGUAAAUUCUGGAUUAAAAAGAUGGAGGCUCAAAAUAAUCUUUUGGUCACCACUUUAAAUCACAAGUACUUCAGAAAUCAUAUUGAAGACGCUGUAUCACUGGGUUACCCCAUGCUGAUAGAAGACAUUGCCGAAGAGUUGGAUCCAGUUUUGGACAACGUUUUGGAAAAAAACCACAUCAAAAUCGGAACCACUUUCAAAGUAAAAGUAGGCGACAAAGAAGUGGACGUCAACAAAGACUUUAAAAUGUUCGCGACCACCAAGUUGGCGAAUCCCAUGUACACCCCCGAAAUUUACGCCAAGACUUCCGUCAUCGACUUCACCGUAACGGUUAAGGGCUUGGAGGAUCAGCUGUUGGGUCGUGUGAUAUUAACUGAAAAGAAAGAGUUGGAAACUGAGCGCACAAACAUGAUUAGAGACGUCACGGCGAACCGGCGUAAAAUUUUGGAGUUGGAGGAAAACCUCCUGUACAAGUUGACAACCGUUCAGGGUUCUCUAUUGGACGACGAUACGGUUAUAGAGGUGUUGAACGUGACCAAAAACACCGCAGCUGAAGUGAGGGAAAAACUGGCGAUCGCGAAAGAGACCGAGAUCAAAAUCAACGCUGCCAGGGAGGAGUUUAGACCUAUAGCCACCAGAGGCAGUGUGUUGUACUUCCUCAUCGUCAGCAUGUCCUUGGUGAACUGCAUGUAUCAAACGUCCCUGGUGCAGUUUUUGGAGAGGUUUGUAUGGCACGCCGUUUUAGCAUUUAUUAGAUUUAAAGAUUAA